GUCCGCAUGCGUUGAACUGUACUCAACGUAUCAUUCGCAAAGUCGUUCGCUGCGCUUACGAGGUUUUGCGAGGUGCUCAAUGUCACGAUGUCUACCCUGCCAUUGUUGUUGUCAUGGACGACUUCGUAGUAGCCGGUGAGGCUCCUGUUCUUGAUGUCGUCGAACAGCUGCUUUUGCUGGGUUGGGACCUGUGCGGUUUCAAUUGCCCUGAUGCGAAGCGUGAGAGAUGGUCGAGUGGCCAAG